CUCACUGGGUUGCUGUGGAGAUCUAAGAUGGCAGCGCUCUGGCUCGCCGGCUCCGCUAAGAAUGACAACACUGGGAUUCUUGCAACAGUAGCCCUGGUGUAUCUCUCCUUCUCGAUUGUGAAUGCAGACUCAAAAGCAGUAACGACAACACUUAGCACUAAGUGGCCAUCUACACCAUUGUUAUUGGAAGCAAGUGAAUUUUUGGCUGAAGAAAGCAAAGCUAAGUUCUGGGAUUUUGUGGAUACCACUCAAGAAAUUCAUCUGGAGGAUCAUGAAGAAACCAACAUUUCAUACUACCACUAUAUACUGCAGAAAGCUGGUGAGUUUCUGACCCCUGUACAGGCCAACCUGCUGAAGUUUGCCUUGUCUCUACGGGCUUACUCUGCUACUGUUCAAACGUUUCAGCAGAUUGCAGCAGAGGACCCCCCUCCAGAAGACUGUUCUGCUUUCGUAAAUGUGCAUGGGGAGAAAAGCUGCGCACCUGACAGGUUGGAAGUGCUUCUUCAGGGUGCUCUGGAGAGACCCAAGCCUUAUUUGUUUAAAGGCGAUCACAUUGAGGCAUCCUUAAGAACUGAACUUCCAGUGGUGAUUCUGUAUGGUGAGAUCGGUACCAAAGAGUUUUCCAGAUUCCACAAGCUUCUUCGUUCCAAAUCUGAUGCCGGAAGAAUCAACUAUGUACUCCGGCAUUAUGUUGCUAAUCCAAGUGAGGAGAAGGUCUUACUCUCUGGUUAUGGAGUUGAGCUUGCCAUUAAAAGCACUGAAUACAAGGCCAAAGAUGACACACAAGUGACAGGCUCUGAACUGAAUGCCACUGUGAUAAACGAAAAUGAUCCUGUUGAUGAAGUCCAAGGUUUCCUCUUCGGCAAGCUGAAACAACUGUACCCUGAGAUCAAGGAGCAGCUUAAAGAACUGAGGAAGCACCUGGUUGAAAGCACAAAUGAGAUGGCACCUCUCAAAGUCUGGCAGCUGCAAGACCUAAGCUUCCAAACUGCUGCUCGAAUCUUGGCUGCACCUACAGUUGAUGCUUUGAUGGUUAUGCGUGAUUUGAGCCAGAACUUUCCCACUAAGGCCAGAUCUAUAACCAGAACUGUUGUGAACUCUGAUAUGAGGAAGGAAGUAGAAGAGCAUCAACAAUAUUUCAAAGAAACUUUUGGCCUUCACCCAGGUGACUCAGCACUUUUUAUCAAUGGCCUUAGUAUUGAUCUUGACCUGCAAGAUAUCUUCAGUGUUCUGGACCUCCUACGCAAUGAGGCUCGUCUCAUGGAAGGUCUACACGAUCUGGGUAUCCAAGGGGAUGAGCUGCAUGACUUGCUGAAGCUAAAUGUACAACCAGCAGAUUCUGAUUAUGGUGUAGAUAUUCGGAACCCAGCUAUCUAUUGGAUCAAUAACCUGGAGAUGGACAGCAAAUACAACACGUGGCCUUCUAAUGUGCAGGAACUUCUGAGACCUACGUUUCUUGGAGUUAUCCGGCAGAUUCGGAAAAACUUUCACAACUUUGUGCUUUUUGUUGACCCAACUGAUGAGAGCACCCAUGAGUUGCUGAAAACGGCUGAAAUGUUUUAUACAAAUGACAUCCCACUCAGGAUUGGCUUGGUCUUUGUGGUUGAUCACUCAGAUGGGGCUGAUGGCCUAAAAGACCCAGGUGUUGCUCUCUUCAGGGCUUUUAACUUUGUUGCAGAUGAAUUGGAUAAUAUGAAUGCCUUCCAGACAAUUAUUUCGAUGUAUAGCAAGGUAAAGGAAGGUGAGAAACUGGCAAUUGAGCACAUCAUUGGUACCUUGGAGAAGGAUUUUUCUAACGUGGAGGUGACCAGUAUUCUGGGAGCUGGUUCAGCGUAUGACAGAAACCGAAAGGAAUGCAAAGAUUACUACAAGCAAUCAGGCCUGGGCUCUCUGCCUAUUGCCCUCUACAAUGGCAUGCCUUACCAGAGGGAACAAUUGGACCCUGAUGAGCUAGAAACUGUGACGAUGCACAAGAUCUUAGACAAUACAGCCUACUUCCAGAAAGUUGUCUACUUAGGUGAACUGAACAAUGACCAAGAUGUUGUUGAUUUCAUAAUGAAUCAGCCGACUAUUGUUCCAAGGAUCAAUUCCAGAAUUCUCAGCUCUGAAAGAGAGUACCUGGAUUUAUCUGCUGAUGCUAAUGAUGGUGUAGAUGACUAUUCCCAUUUUGCUUUCCUGAAAUCUGAGGAAAAAUCUGCAGCAGUUGCCAACAGUAUCUCCUAUUUGUCUAAAAGAGGAAUGUCUUCAAGAGAGAUCUAUGACGAUAAGUAUAUUCGUCCGCUUACAUUUUGGAUUGUUGGAGAUUUUGAUGACUCUUCAGGGAGGCAGUUACUGUAUGAAUCCCUUAAACAUUUGAAAUCUAGCAAUAACUUGAGGAUCGGCUUGAUAAACAGUCCAAGUAGUGAACCUACCAAAGAGAACACAGUUAUUGCCAGAGCCAUCUGGGCUGCACUUAACACUCAAAGCGUUAACAAUGCCAAGAACUUCAUCACUAAACUUGCAAAAGAAGAAACUGCAAAGGCAUUGGCCGAGGGGGCAAACAUUAUGGAAUUUGCUGUCGGUGGUAUGGACAAUGAUGGCUUCAAAAAGAUGUUUGAGACUCUGAAUUUGGAUUUCAUUUUGUCACAUAGUUCUUUCUGCAAGGAUGUGGUGAAAUUGAAGGGAGGACAGAGAGCCAUAAUAAGCAAUGGACGAAUUGUUGGCCCACUGGAAGAAAAUGAAGUCUUCAAUCAGAAUGACUUCCACCUGCUGGAGAGUAUUGCUAUUGAGGCAGCAGAGAAGAUCAAAAUCAAGAUCCAAAUGUUGGCUGUUGAAGAAGAUCUUGCUAGUGAUCUCGUAAUGAAAGUGGAUUCUCUGCUGUCAUCAAAGUCGAAAGGAGAAGCAAGGAUCGACCUCCAAUUCUUUGAAGGACAAUCGAGUGCUAUUAAAUUACGGCCCAAAGAAGAACAGGUUUACUUUGAAGUGAUGGCCAUAAUCGACCCAGUGACCAGAGAUGCUCAACGGCUUUCCUCGUUCCUUUUGGUUCUAAACCAGCUGGUCAACGUGAAUCUGCGUGUGUUUAUGAACUGUCAACCAAAGCUUUCUGAAAUGCCUCUAAAAAGCAUCUACCGAUAUGUUCUAGAACCUGAGAUUACUUUCACAGCAUCUGGCAGCUUUGCUUCUGGACCAGUGGCCAAAUUUUUGGACAUGCCUCAGUCUCCCCUCUUCACUCUUAUCAUCAACACCCCUGAAAGCUGGAUGGUGGAGUCUGUCCAUACUUCUUAUGAUCUCGAUAAUAUUUACCUAAAGGAGAUUGAUGGUGGAGUGGCGGCAGAGUAUGAGUUGGAGUACCUUUUGUUGGAGGGACAUUGUUACGACGUUUCAACAGGGCAACCCCCCAGAGGACUCCAGUUUACGCUGGGCACCAGUGCAAACCAUGAAAUCGUAGACACAAUCGUAAUGGCAAAUUUGGGCUAUUUCCAGUUAAAAGCCAAUCCUGGUGCUUGGGUGCUUAGACUAAGGAAGGGAAGAUCCGAAGAUAUUUAUAAGAUUUACAGCCACGAUGGAACAGACUCCCCAGCUGGCACUGAUGAAGUGACUGUGGUUCUUAAUAGCUUCAAGAGCAAAAUUAUUAAAGUGAAAGUUCAAAAGAAACCUGACAAAAUGAAUGAAGAACUCCUCAGUGAUGGAAAUGCUGAAAACGAAGGCUUCUGGGAAUCCAUUAAGAGAGGCUUCACUGGAGGACCAAAACCUGAAGAACUGAAAUUGGAUAAGGAAGAUGUCAUUAAUAUUUUUUCAGUUGCAUCAGGUCAUCUUUAUGAGAGGUUCUUGAGAAUAAUGAUGCUGUCAGUGCUGAAACAUACCGAAACACCUGUAAAAUUCUGGUUCCUUAAGAACUACCUCUCACCCACAUUCAAGGAAUUUAUCCCACACAUGGCAAAGAAAUACGGUUUUCAGUAUGAAUUGGUGCAGUACAAGUGGCCAAGGUGGCUUCAUCAACAGACUGAAAAACAAAGAAUAAUCUGGGGCUACAAGAUCCUCUUCCUGGAUGUACUUUUCCCACUGGCUGUUGACAAGAUCCUGUUUGUGGACGCUGAUCAGAUAGUGCGUGCUGACUUAAAGGAGCUGCGUGACUUGGACCUUGAAGGAGCUCCCUAUGGAUAUACACCUUUCUGCGAAAGUCGCAAGGAAAUGGAUGGAUAUCGCUUCUGGAGGUCAGGUUACUGGGCUAAUCACCUACAGGGAAGGAAAUACCACAUAAGUGCCUUGUAUGUAGUGGACUUAAAGAAAUUCAGAAAGAUUGCUGCUGGUGAUCGACUCAGAGGUCAAUAUCAAGGUCUCAGUCAGGAUCCUAACAGCUUGUCCAAUCUUGACCAGGAUCUACCUAACAACAUGAUCCAUCAAGUGCCCAUUAAAUCCCUUCCCCAAUACUGGCUAUGGUGCGAGACAUGGUGUGAUGAAGCAUCUAAGAAGAGAGCUAAAACUAUUGAUUUGUGCAAUAACCCAAUGACUAAAGAACCGAAACUGGAGGCAGCUGUGCGAAUUGUUCCAGAAUGGCAGGACUAUGAUCAAGAGCUUAAACAGCUUCAGAAACUAUUUCAAGAAGGGAAAUUGAAUGGAUUAACUCAUUCCAGGACAGACGAUGUAACCAGCACAGAGGAUCGCGUCCCACAUGUCGAGCUUUAAGCUGUGAACGUGAUACCCGUUUAACUCUGUUUAAGGAGUUCCUUCUUUUUUCUAUGUGAAAUCUUCUCAAAUGUGACAGAGCUAAGAGACUGGAAUUGGGAAUGUGCUGUUAGUUGUGUUUUUUUUCUUUAUAUAAGGUGUAUUAUAAUUUGGGUUCAGUUCUGUGGACAGGUAAAGCGAUCGGUGUGCAAAAUCACUGGAAAAUGUAUAGCUAUUCACCUCAGGGACAAAAAACAAUCAUGAAAAAUCAGAUAGUUUCUAUAUGUUGGUCAGUGGGGUUUAGGAAAGACAGAAGUCAUAGGGAUGAUUUAAAUUCCCAAUAAUUAAAAAUCCACACCUUUCAAUGCAUUGAUUUACAGACUCCUGAAUUCAUGUCGUCUAGGUUAGUUAUUACAGUAUGUUGCUAUGUCAUUCUUGUCCUUGAAAGAAUAUACAUGAACCUUAUCACUCAUAUCUCUCAAGCACACAUGUAAUCUCACUCACUCCCUGACACUCCCACUCCCCUACUUGUUCUCUCUCCCUCCCUCGAUUUAAGCUCACUCUCUGUUUACUGAAGGACAGUCCAAGGUGAAUCCUUGCUUGAAGUUAAUAUAUUCUCUAAGCCUGUAUUUUCAGCAAGAUACUCAAAAGUCUCAGCUGCUAUGUUGUAUACAUCAAUGUUUUAGUAAUCCAGGCAUCACAAUGGAAGAUUGCAAGAUCUGAUAAUUUAUGUAUGGAAAAUCUUAUUGUGCAAUAUACAGCUAUUAGUUUUUAUUACUGUUUUCUAGAAAAUGGUUCUGCAUUUGAAGGUGCGAAAUGAAGAUCAUGUGGUGUCUUCUGUAAAUAUUCCAGAAUAUCUGCUACUCAAUGAACAACAGUAAUGCUUUAUUAGUCAUGCAGUAUUUGUUGUUUAUUCCAAAAGUAGCAUCUAGGUCAGGCUUACAUCUGAGGCCUUCAACUAGUGUAAAUCCAGCCUAAUCUUCACAGUCUGUUGUGCAAACUCUCAGGAUGCACCCUUAUGUUGUACAGCUGCGGUAUAUCUUCAGUUUAAACAGCAAACAGAUUACAGUGUCUGUAAAAGUAGCCAAAAGUGCAUUUCGUCCCUACACAAAUCACCACUCUUCUGAUGUAUGUAUGCUUGUAUUCAGUGCUAUCCAAAUUUACUCUUAUUAAUCCUGCCCAAUUGCAAUGUAAUUGGGGGAGGAUCCUUUAUUGGGCUUGGUGCCUGAAGUGGUUUUUAAGUAUACAACUCUUUGUAUCAUUGCUGAUUACAAACUGAACACCUCAACAGAUAGAAGAUUGCUGCACUUGCAGCAGACUUGUAUCGGAAGAAAUUCUUCACAGUUGCACCACUGUACAGAACGUCACCAGAAGUUAGUUAACACAUCAGAGCUAGCAGUUUUUACAAAUCAUUUAAGAUUUUCACCAAACCUUUAGAAAUUUCCCAAGCUGCUUAUUUUCUUUGAAUUCCAUUAUUAUAAUAGAAUAUGAAUUAUUCACCAUGGCCUUGACCAUGUGACUUUCUGCUUCAGAUGCAUUUUACAUAAUUAUGCUUCAAUGAAGUAUGGAUAUAUCUGAUAUAAGAAACAUACUAGAAGAUGAAAUGUAAACUCACAACCAGCUGUGAUGGAAAGCAUUAACAAAACCAUUCCUUAAUUAUGUGACACAGUGUCAGUUGUCAGAAAUAUUUAUCUUUUUUGUUUAAUAUUAUUUGCACUCCGCUUUGCUUGUUGUGAUUUUUUUUCACUUUGUUGAAAAGGAAGAAGCCUUUGGCACAUUGCAGACUGAAUAUAAGAGCCCAGAACUUGAGAAGAUAGCGAAAGAGCACACAACUAACUUCCAAGAACUUGGUUACAUUUAGCAUUUCUGUUAGCUUACCAGUUCUUAACUAUGUGGUCAAAAUAGUGACUUGGUGCUACCCACGAACUAUCAGCACUAGGGAGAGAAGUUUGUCUUUCAACCCAAGUUGAGUGAAUGGAAGUUACUUUCCUUUGCUGCCCAAAUGAAACAACUAGUUCUAAUUGGAUUUGAGUCCACAAUAUUAAACCAUCCAUAAUUCAGCCUUAAUUGGCACUAACUGGGCACUCUGAUUCAUGGCACAUGUGGGAACUAGUGAUGUUACACUGCUGUGCAGUAAUGGUCUGUCCACAGGAUGUGGUUACCUUGCUACGUUUGUUAAAAAGGGAAACACUUUAAAACUUCAUCAUUAUGAAGUGUGUAAAACUUGAGCGAUUGAAACCCCUACUAAUGGCCCAUGUAGACUGGAUUUGAAACACACCAAAUAUUAACCUGACUCAAAUGUUCAAGUAAGAGCUCAUGCGCUAGUUUUAAUGGCUGUGACUGAACAAUCUUUCCUGGAAUUUUUUAAAGUUUGAGAUGCUGUAUUAAUUAGUAAGUUGCCAAGUUUUAAAUACUACUUGUGUUUUGCUGUUGCCCUUUCAGCGUUCUGCAGCUGAAAUGUGAACUUUGGUGUAUUUAUGAUUCUGAAUUUUCAAUUUGAACAAACCUUUUCAAUGUUUUCUAUGACUGCAAGAUUUAACAUGUGAAAUGCAAAUCAAAUUGUUUCUCUUCCAUGACAUAAAAAUACUGGAUUUGUUUCCUUAAAUCUGAACAGCUUGAGGCACUGGGACUCUAAACUCACAAUGCAGUUAAAAACUUCACCCAUCCUUGUAUUUUGGAAUAUCUGAAACACACUCCUUCCAGUUAUAUGGAAGACUGUGCUAUUAGCUCUUUCUACUCCACAGACCCUCUGCUGCUCAGUGAAAGUAUUUUUCUAAACUUUCCUUCCUCUGUCAUUGGUGAGAAGUCUUAGUUAAAUCUUAGUGGCUUCAGUAAAUGAUUUACAGUGAACCAAGCUGAUUAUUACCUGUUGUGCUGUCACUUUCUAUAAUCUGUGAUAUUUUCAGAUAAAUUCAUAUGCAUUUUACACCUGCCACUAUAACUUCCUCAACAGCCUGUGCCUGUUGUCUUUAUUUCUUUUUGUUUUUAAAAUACAGAAAGGGUAUUAUGACGUUCAGACAUUUGGAUAAACACACACAUUGGUUCAGUGGAUCCAUUGUAUUUUAGGUGUAUGUGGUACAUUCUUUAGUAAAGAUUUUUUUUUCUUUUUUUAAUUGCUGACUGUGAGCCUCUUGACCUUGCAGUAGCAAUUCUGAUGCAGAUUACUUGAAAGGUUUGAAAGAAUGAAAUUCUAUACCAAGCCCUUUGUAUUAUCAUAAAAUCACACAGCUGAUUUGGGUGAUGAAGGAAGAUCACAACUGCUAAUUUUAAAGGAAACUAUAUAAGUGGAAUAUGGUGCAAAUCUUUUCACCACCCUUCAGAAGUGACAUACAUUGGAAAAGGUUCGAAGAACAGAAAUAAUGAUCCCAAGUGCAAACUGGAUGAGUGAUGAGGAAGGAUGAGAUGCUUAAACUCCAAGGUCUAGGGAGAAGAUGAAUAAAAGAAUCUCAUUAAUAUAUAAAGUGCCAUGCUUUGACAUGAAAUGCAACCUCAAGACGGCUUUAAGGCUACCAUGGCCACUAAAACAAAAGGGCAUAAAUUUAAACUGGUGAGAAGAAAAUUUAAACCAAUCUAAAGGGUAAAAAGGAUAUUUGGGUGAUCUACAUUUCAAGUCAAAGGUGUUGGGAGAGUUCACUAUUUGGUUAGAUAAGAGGCUUGGUGUGUUGAAAUAAUAAAGGGACUGAUUCGAUGGGUUGAAUCGUGUUUUUGUAUAUUUAAAUAUUAACUGUCAGCAUUGCACAGGUUUCAGACAGAGCUUAAAGUUGCAGUGACAGGUACACUAACCAGGAAUCUUGGAGAUGCUAAAUGUCACAAAAGAAAGCAUAUUGGAGCUGUUACGGCAUUCUGCUUGGCAAUCAUAGCAUUUAUUGAUUUUUAUAGGGAUUUGUUGUCACUUCAUCCCUAACUGCUUGUUCCUUCAUAUGUACUGUAAGAAGGAUUUUCUUACUAUUUUACCAUUUUCUCUUUCUUAUGCUUCAUUAUUUGCGUUAUUAAUGGAUCUGCUGCAGUCACAUCAAAGUGUGAGCAAAAUCUGAUUCAACCAUGGCACAUAGGAACUAACCAUACUUUGUAUAGAUCCCAGUUGCAGCCCAUUAAGGAUGUUUCCAGUGCCACAGUCAAAUAUGUAUUGUCCAGUGUGGAAAUUCAAAAUACAGUUUUAUGGUUUGGAGAGUACUCUGCUGCCUUAAGCAGGUGCCAUAUCACCGUUGCGAAAAGGAAAGCAACUAUGCUUUGUUUUCCGUGUUUUUAAUGUUGGAGUUAUUUUCCAAAGUUGUGGAGGUUCAAAUGUGCUUUCUACCCAAAUAACAAUAAAACGGUGAAGCUGCCA